CAAAAUGGCGGUUCAGAUCAAGAUGGCGCUGAUGUUCUUGCUGGCGGGGCGUGCGAUCUGCGGCCACGAUGAAGACAAUAUGGACGACGAUGACCUGGAUCCACAAGUGUUGUCGCGUCGUGAAUGGCAAUACGAGGGUAUUCCCGUUGAGGUGAUGGCAAGUAAAAUCGAGUCGAAGGAAUCUGAACUCUCCAGUGAGAGCAAGUCACCACCAGCAACCCGAACGACGGCACUGGAGUUGUCAACCACCACUAGCACAACCGAAAUAGCGACAACAACCACUACAACAACAACAGAAGGCGCCAUAAUCCCCCCGCUGCACCCGCGCUACCGACGCAUCUACAACUCGGAUGAGACGGCCAGAAUAGAGGAACACCCAUAUCUGGCCGCUGUUCUCAUGAACAACCAAUUGUGGUGUGGCGGAGCAAUUAUCAGCUCUGAUCUCGUGCUUACGGCGGCGCACUGUCUGCAACUCCAAUACAACAAUCGCUUCUUCCGAGAGUAUGUCAAGAUGCUGACCGUCCGCAUCGGCUCCAGCAACGCCACGGCUGGCGGCGAGGUCCUACGGGUCGACGAGAUCUUCUUCCAUCCGAACUACAAGCCAGAUACUUUAGCCUUCAACUAUGCUGUCAUCAGGUUGCAUAAGAACAUCACGUUCUCGGCGCUGAACGUGUCCAAGAUCGAGUAUUCGAAGAGGAAGGAUGUGACCAUUGAUAAGACGAUUACAUUCUUGGGAUGGGGAUCGGUGCUGGGAAUGGGCGACAAAGGUGGAGCAGUGCUUCUUCAGAAAGUAGAUCUUCCCAUCUAUGACAAGGCAGAUUGUGUCGACGUUUACGGAAAGGAAUUGGUGUCGGUUAGCACCUUCUGCGCUGGCUUUAUCAGCAAGAUCAAGAAUGUUUGUAACCACGACGCCGGCGGGCCCGCCAUCAUGGACGGGGAGCUGAUCGGCAUCCUGUCGUUCUCAGCCAAGCGCUGCGACGAGGCCGACAAGCCCGCGGUGUUCGCCAGCACGGGCGCCGCCGCGGACUGGCUGGAUAGCAUCCCGACCAUUCGGCGAAAGAGCGACGAGCUCGUCCACGGCUGGAUGAACGACAUGCAAUGAAACAAUAAUAAACGUAAAUCAAUAUAUUUGCUCUAAUACUGUA